AUGGCUGUGGAGGAGCUGGGCAUCACCCUGUCCAUGGUGGGCCUGGCAGGCACCAUCUUGAUCUGCGCCCUGCCCAUGUGGAAGGUCACAGCGUUCAUUGGCACCCACCUGGUGGUCAUGCAGGUGUUCUGGGAGGGCCUGUGGAUGACCUGUGUGUCUGAAACCACGGGACAGAUGCAGUGUAAGAUCUACGACGCUCUUCUAGACCUGUCCCCUGACCUCCAGGCGGCCAGGGGCCUCAUCGUCAUCAGCAUGGUACUGGGCUGCCUGGCGUUCCUCGUCUUCCUCCUGGGGGCUAGGUGCACCAACUGCCUGAGCAAUCCCAGGGUCAAAGCCUGCGUGGUGCAGGCCGCAGGGGUCACCUUCGCCCUGGCUGGGUUAAGCACCAUAGUGGCUGUGUCCUGGACGGCCCAGUCCAUCAUUAGGGACUUCUAUAACCCGCGGGUCCCUGAGAUGCUGAAGAAGGAGAUGGGGGCGGCCAUCUAUGUGGGCUGGGUGACCUCUGGGUUCCUGUUCUGUGGAGGAGGGGUGCUGUGUACCAGCUGUCCUCCAGGGGGGAGAGAGGGCAGGCAUGGAUCCAGCAGUAGGUACACCCUGGCUAGGACGCCCACUCACAGCAGCUACGCCAUAAAGAACUAUGUGUGA